UUUGCGAAUCAUAACAAGUUAUCAAUUGCGAGAAAGAAAAGUUCAUAUACAUUAAAUUACAAAGCUAUUUUUUCCAAGUAAAAACUGUUCAAUCCAAUCAAUUUAUUGGACUACAAGAGCUUACCAGUCACGAGUAUUAUAAGGAUUAAAAGUAAAUAUUAUAUUAUUGGUUCAAGAAUUAUAAAUAAGAUAAAUAAGGCAAAUCGUUUCGAGGUGCUCCUGAAGCGAAAAGUCCAACGUGACACUUUGGUGGCUAACCUGAAAAUAGAAAAAAAUAUUCAUGAGUAGUUAAAUAAGGAAAAAUUAAGUGGAACGAAAAGGCAGAAGGAAACGUGAGGCUUAAAAAGAUAUACGAUACGGUUGUUGUGUGCAAGAGGGAACAGUUAAUUAAUUCUUUUUGAGCUGUCACAAAUUUAAAGGUGCUGCUACAAAAAAAUUAGUUCGUUAUCUGAACAUUCUCGAAAAGAAUUAACGAGAAUCGGACAACCUCAAAUCGCCAUGACCGAUCUCAAUAGCUCUGGAUCUCACGGAGACUCCCUGUGCCGAGUGCUAUCAAGUUUCUACAGAGAAUGAGGAAAUAAUCGCUUGCGACGGUUGUCAACAGUGGUUUCACGACCGUUGUGUAGGAGUAACAGAAGAGUCGAAAAAGGAAGCUAAAUGGUAUUGCGAAGAAGAAGCCUGCCAAAGAAAGAAGAAAAAGAAUCGCUCCAAGAAAGGUGGUGACAAAGGCAGCGAAAAAGCUGAUGACGAUUCCAGCGUCAAAUCCGACCGUUCAACAUCACUAAAAAACAAGUUGAAGGCGAUGGCGGAGAAGCAGAAACGGAUGGAGCAGGAGCUGGAAUUAGAAAUACAAAUAAAAAAAAAGGAGAUGGAAUUCAACCGAGCAAUUGAACUUAAGCGGAUGCUGAUGGAGAAGCAGUUGCGCGAAGAAGAGGAAAUGAAAGAUAAAGAGAUGCAAAAGGCCAUUCUGCAAGCGCGACAAGAGCAGAUGGACCGAAUGGAACGGCAGUAGAAGUCAUUUGCGGCCAAAAUGAAAGCCAUGGAUAUAGCGAUGGACCGGUUGAAGAAAUCCACUCCGAAGAAUGUCGUCGAUACCGAAGAUGGAUCUUCUGAAAAACCAAAGGUGGAAAAAUUGACCAAGGAGAAUCUAAACAAAUUUGGGGAACUGCACGAAACUGAAGAUGAAGAAUCCGACAAUGGAACGGACGAUGAAUCGGAGGAUGGAUUCGAAGACCAGUCUGAUGAAGUUUCGUUAAAAAGCCAGAAUACAAAAAAGAGUAGCAUCACGAGAAAAUCUGAGAGAACGAAUCAAUGCGGACAGGGGCAAGUACGAACCGGGCCGACAAAGACGCAAUUAGCGGCGCGAAAUGGAGCUAGCAAAAAGUUACCAACCUUCACAGGAAAACCGGAAGAAUGGCCGUUGUUUUUCGGGAUGUAUCGUGCGUCCAACGAAGCCUGUGGGUACUCGGAUAUUGAAAAUCUUGUGCGGCUACAAGAAUGUAUGACAGGUCAAGCUCUGGAGAUGGUCCGAGGACAGCUGCUUCUACCGAAAUCAGUUCCAAAGGUAAUUGAAAAACUUCGCCAGUUAUAUGAACGACCAGAACAACUUUUACAGAGCCUUCUGGAGAAAGUUCACAAAUUGGAACCCCUGAAAACCGGAAAACUAGCCAUAUUCAUUCCUUUCGGUACGGUCGUUGAACAAUUGGGCGAGCACUUGGAGGCAGCAGAGCUAAAACAGCACUUAGUAAAUCCGUUGCUCAUUCAAGAGCUGGUUGAUAAGCUACCGGACAACGACAAGCGUGAAUGGGUGCGCUUCAAGCGAGGAAAGAAAAAAGUAACACUCCGGACAUUCACCAAUUUCCUUUCCGAGAUAGUUUCGGAAGCCUGCGAAGCGAACGUCAGCAUGGAGUUCAAACCGAUAGGAGCAGCCUGUACCGCAAGCCGAGCCGUCAAGCCAAAGGAGAAAGGAGCGGUGUACAAUCACAGCGAAGCCGACAAUCACGCCAGUAGCGUAGAUAACAGGAAUCUGAAGCCAUGCAAGGUGUGUCAGCGCACAGAUCACCGAUUGCGAUAUUGCCAGGACUUCAGAAACCUGUCGUACGCUGAUCGAAUGAAUGUUGUCGACCAAUGGAAGCUAUGCCGCGUAUGUUUGAACGAACAUGGCUCGGCACUAUGUAAGUUUAAGUUAAAAUGUAACGUCGGGGGCUGCAGACAGCCACAUAACCAACUUCUCCAUCCAAUUGAAGGUGCUGUUGAAACCAGCGCGCAUAUUCGAACGAACAACGUCACGCUGUUUCGGAUGAUUCCGGUUAAUCUUCACUGCGGAGAAAAGUCCAUCAAUGUGCUAGCCUUUCUGGACGAAGGGGCGUCGGUGACCCUGGUGGAGAAUUGCUUGGCGGAGCGUUUGGGUGUCAAUGGAAUUCGGCAGAAGCUAACGAUCAAGUGGACGGCCGACAUAGCAAGAGUAGAGAAGGAUUCCAAACGGAUGAAUCUGUGGGUGUCAGGCGUGGGAGCGGGUGAAAAAUGCUUUUGAAGACAG